AUGCGGUUCGGUCUUGUCCUCUGCCUAUCGGCAGUCUCGCUUGCUGCUCCCACACACUUCCUCGAUCAUGCAUACGACUGGUCAGACGAGCUGGCUGAGUUCUAUGGCAAAAUUAGCCAGUACAUCAACACUGCGAAGCACAACAUCAGAGCCCCAUCGGCCUGUGAUGUGUCCAAAAUUGCCCUGCCAUCCUAUGCAUCAGGUCUUACCAGCCCCGAUGGCCUAAAGCCAGUAUACGUCGCACUAGGACGAGGCACACAGAAUUACACCUGCGCAGACUCAUCAUCCAAAAACGCACCCGUCGCUGCAGGAGCCGUCGCCAGACUCUACAACGCCACAUGCAUCGCAGCCAACUACCCAGGCAUGUUAGAGACACUUCCCAACCUAGCCUACAAAGUCACACUCCCAACCAACGAGUAUGCCUCGUUCCCUCCCUCAAACAUCGAUCUCAUGGGCCACCACUUCUUCUAUGAUGCCACAACCCCCGAGUUCAACCUCAAUACCACACCUGAUAAGCAGCAUGGUAUUGUCAUGACCAAAAAAGGUGGUUCGAUCGAUGCUCCUUCAAAUGCGCUCUCAGGAGAACAUGGUGCUGUCGCAUGGCUGUAUCUGACUACAACGGACGGUACUGUCGGGAACUAUAAAAGCGUGUAUCGAGUAGAUACUGCUGCUGGAUCCCCACCUAAGACAUGCAAAGGCAUGCCAUCUGCUUUCCAGAUGCAGUAUGCUGCGAACUACUACUUCUUUGGGGAAUAG